UCAGCAAAAAAUUCUUUCUUUUUCAAGAAUAAAAGUAGUGCAACUUUUUUUUUUGAGAAAAUUAUGUUGAAGAUGACAAUAGUUGGAAGGGUAAGUGAUAGGCUGCCUCUAUCUCUAGCCCAUGGUUCAAGAUACGUGAAUGAAGAGAAUAACGACGGUGACAUCUCUUCUCAUAAGCAACAAGCCGAGUUCUUGCUCCAGGAAGUUUCUAGAAUAGCACUGCCACAUUCCAAGAUGACCAUUUUCUUGGAUGAUCAUUGCUUCAAUUACAUUGUUGAGAAUGGAAUGUGCUUCAUGGCACUCUGUGAUUCAAUGUAUCCAAGAAAGCUGGCCUUUUGUUAUUUGCAAGAUUUGUAUAAGGAGUUUGUCAAGUUUGAGGAUGUGGGCUUGAAUGCCACUUCUAUCAGACCCUAUAGCCUUGUUAAAUUUGGUGGUGUAAUUGCAAAUGUUAGAAGGAAAUAUGUUGACACAAGGUCACAGGCCAACUUAUCAAAGAUAAACUCUGAUGCUUCCCAAGAUGCAGAUGUGAUUUCCGAGAGCUUUUCGCGUAUUGUACAGCGUAGGCGAAGAUCGGAACUGUUUGAGAGGAUAAGUGAAGCACAUUUACAUCCUUCUCCAAUUUGGUGCUCCAAUAGGCUUGAGAUAAUCGCGUUGAAAUGGAUCCCAAUAGGACUAGUUGUAGCUGUUGCAACUCUAGUUAUAUGGACCAGAUGGUUUCAUUGUGAUGUGUUCUUAAUUUGUUGAUUUGUGAAUAGUUGAAAUCUUCUUAUUUCUCUAACCUAUUACAGAAAAACUACAACAUUACCUCAUAAAUUAAGAUAUACAUCUUUGUUUUCCAAGGCUAGUUUUU